GCGCCAAAGGAACUUCAUUUUUUUUAAUAUUUGAUAGGAUUGAUUAUUCGUUCAAUUUGGGAAAACGAAAAGGAAGUGAAAUCGUUCCGGCAAUGGCUUCUUCACCGCCUUCAAAGCGAAGACGGAAAGGGCAAACCGUGGUUGGAGAAUCACCGUCAAAAUCAACGUCGACCCAAGAAAAAUCAUCCCCUGUGGUAGUCUUUGCACAUGGCGCUGGUGCUCCUUCCUCUUCUGAUUGGAUGAUCAGGUGGAAAGAGUUGUUGAAGAAGGCGUUGAAUGCUGUUGAAGUAGUGACAUUUGAUUACCCUUAUAUGUCUGGGGGAAGAAGAAAGGUUCCACCCAAGGCAGAAAAAUUGGUAGAUUUCCACUCAGGUGUUGUUAAAGAUGCAGUUUCCAAAUAUACUGGGCAUCCUCUGAUUUUGGCUGGCAAAUCAAUGGGUUCAAGCUGCAUGGUGGCUGCCCAGGAAGACAUUGAUGCAUCAUUAAUUGUUUGCCUAGGAUACCCACUUAAGGGGAUGAACGGAGCAGUAAGAGAUGAAACUUUACUUCGACUUAAAGUUCCUGUGAUGUUUGUGCAGGGUACCAAAGAUGGUUUAUGUCCAUUGGAAAAACUAGGUGUACAGAAGAAAAUGAAGGCAAUGAGUGGGUUGCAUGAGAUUGAAGGUGGCGACCACUCCUUCAAGAUUUCAAAGAAGCACCUCCAAACUAAUGGAUCCACCCAAGAGGAAGCCGAAGAUGCUGCCGUUCAAGCCAUCGCUUCAUUCUUCACCCGCUCUCUCAGAUGAAGCCGAAUCCUUCUGCUGCUUUCUAAGUUACUUUUUAAAACCUUUAGCCUGCAAGUCCCAGGGUUAGGUUCAAACGCUCCCUUUUCCCCUUGGCCGUGUACAAUUUUAGCAAAGCCAUGGAGCAAGCCCUACUCUUUCACAUCUACUGUAUGUAAUUGAUGUGUAAUUUUAAAAUCCAGACAUUUUUCAGUUAAACUGGAUUAAUAUAAGGC